UAGCAUUUUUAUGAUGCCGAAAAACAUAUUACCUCACAUGAGGAAAAUGAUUUGAUUCCAAAUCUCAAUUAAAAUACCUGGAAGAAGUUCACCUACUACUCUUUCUAGUCUCUCCCACACAUUUGUUUUUUUCCCUCAUAUUUCAUCUCCUGAGAAAAAAAGAAGACUAGCGAUGAGAGGAAUAGGAGGAAAAGAAGAAUCAGAGUCGAGUAUUCCACUGUUGAAAAGUCCUAACACGGCAGAGGAAGAAGGUGGAGAGCUGAAGAAGAGAGUUUGGGUUGAGACAAAGAAGCUAUGGAGAAUCGUUGGUCCUGCGAUGUUCAGUAGACUAACGACUAAUUCGAUACUUGUAAUUACUCAGGCUUUCGCUGGUCAUCUUGGAGAUCUUGAACUCGCCGCAAUAUCCAUUGUCAUUAACGUCAUCCUCGGCUUCAACUUCGGCCUCUUGCUUGGAAUGGCGAGCGCGUUAGAGACGUUGUGUGGACAAGCGUUUGGAGCGAAGAAGUAUUACAUGUUAGGAGUUUAUAUGCAGCGUUCUUGGAUUGUUCUGUUCGUUUGUUCUGUCUUUUUAUUACCGAUUUAUCUUUUCACAACUCCGGUUCUGAAAUUUCUCGGUCAACCGGACGAUAUAGCUGAGCUUUGCGGUGUCGUCGCCCUGUGGGCCAUCCCUCUCCAUUUUGCCUUUUGUUUAGCUUUACCGCUUCAACGUUUCCUCCAGUGCCAGCUCAGAAACCAAGUGACUGCAUAUUCCGCUGCGGUUGCAUUGGUGGCUCACGUUUUGAUGUGUUGGUUGUUCGUGUACGGGCUUAAACUUGGAGUCGCGGGGACAAUGGUUACGGUUGGUAUAUCCUGGUGGAUCAGUGUUCUUAUUCUAUUAGCUUAUUCGGUUUGCGGUGGUUGUCCACUCACUUGGACCGGCUUAUCCUUUGAGGCCUUCACCGGACUUUGGGAGUUUCUCCAACUCUCUGCUUCUUCUGGCGUUAUGCUUUGUUUGGAGAACUGGUAUUAUCAGAUCUUGGUUAUAAUGACUGGAACUCUUCAGAAUCCUCGGAUAGCCGUCGACUCUUUGUCCAUAUGCAUGACGAUAAAUGGAUGGGAGAUGAUGAUUCCUCUUUCUUUCUUCGCCGGAACCGGUGUACGUGUAGCAAACGAACUAGGAGCAGGUAAUGGAAAAGGGGCAAAGUUUGCGACGAUUGUAUCAGUGACACAAUCCUUAAUAAUAGGAUUGUUUGUCUGGGUGAUCAUAAUGCUUUUCCAUAACCAAAUCGCCAACAUCUUCUCAUCAAGCGAAGCCGUUUUAGCGGCUGUUAAUAAACUCACCAUUCUAUUAGCUCUCACCGUUCUUCUUAACAGUGUUCAACCGGUUCUUUCCGGUGUUGCCGUUGGAUCGGGUUGGCAAUCCUAUGUGGCAUAUAUUAACUUGGGAUGUUAUUAUUGCAUUGGGGUUCCACUAGGGUUUCUAAUGGGCUGGGUUUUUAAAUUCGGCGUCAUGGGUAUUUGGGCUGGUAUGAUGUUUGGAGGAACCUUAGUUCAAACAAUGAUUUUAUGUUUUAUCACAAUGAGGUGUGAUUGGGAAAAAGAGGCACAGAUGGCAAAUGUACGUGUUAACAAAUGGUGCAAGACAUUAAAAUGAAGAUUUAUCUAAAUAACUCAUCAUAAGCUUUUUUAUAUCAAUUGUCGCUGUUGGUAUUGAAAUCUUGUGUGUAUGUUUAAUAAACGGUCAGGUUGUGUUACAAAAAAAAAAGUUCAAUAAACGGUCAAAACGGUAUAUGUUGGUGUUGAAAUGUUGUACAUUGUACAAUAUGCAUUUUUAACGGUGAUUUUUUUCUUACCA